AUGUCACACAACGCCACCGCGGACUCCGACUCAGAUAUGGCUAUAGAUGGCCUAGAAAGGGAUAUAAUCGACUUAGACGAGGAUUCGGAGGACUCAGACCAGGACAUGAAGAACACAGUCGAUACGGCGCAGUUUGUCGACUGGUGGAGGUCGAUUUGGCACACGACACCUGAUUCCAGGAAGACCACAGUUCAGGGCGAAAACAGAAGCUUCUCAUAUGCUGUUACCUCCAUGCAGGGUUGGAGAAUGAACAUGGAGGACACGCAUGCCAUCAAACUGCAUUUGGGCGACCAGGAUGGUGCUAAUGCGUAUUUCGCGGUGUUUGACGGACAUGGAGGUGACGCCAUCGCAGGGCUUGCAAGCGAGUUCUUACACCAGAACCUAGUUAAAGAAGGAGCAUACGCUCAGAAGGCAUAUCCGGAAGCGCUGAAGAAUGCCUUCCUUGGCUUUGACGCGAAAUUCAGACCAUUACAUACAGAUGAGACCGAUGGUAGCACUGCUACUGUUGCUCUAAUUACAAACGAAGGCAAGAUAUACGUUGCGAAUACCGGCGACUCGCGAGCUGUGCUCAGCCACCAGGGGAAGGCAAAACCUCUGUCGCUUGACCACAAAACCUCCAUUGUCGCGGAGCAAGCUCGCGUUCUUGCGGCCGGUGGACGCAUAGAGGACGAUCGUGUCAACGGUGAUCUCGCUAUGACCCGAUCCCUUGGUGAUUAUCGGCUGAAGCAGAAUAUGGCGCUUCCACCUGAACAGCAAAUGGUCACGGCUUUGCCCGAAGUGGUGGAACACGAAGUUACCAAAGAAGACGAGUUCCUUAUCCUGGCCUGUGACGGUGUCUGGGAUUGCCUGAAGUCGCAGCAAGUCAUCGAUCUGGUAAGGCUGUUCGUGUCACAGGGCAAAAAGCUAUCGAAGGUCUGCGAGGACAUCUGUCAACACUGCCUUGCACCUAAUCCCUUAAUGGGCCACGGAGAUGACAACAUGACGCUCAUGGUUGUAGCCCUGUUGCAUGGCCGCACCCCGCAGCAGUGGUAUGAAUGGGUUACCAAACGCACUGUAAGCCGCCACGGUUACGACACUCCCAAGGAACUUCCGGAGAUCUAUCCCUCUGAAGAGGUGGAGGAUUGGGGGCCAGCAUGGGAUGAUCUAAGGUCCCAAAUGGCGGAGUCGAAAGAGAAAUUUAUUCAGCAGGAAGAGGAUGCCCUGGAUCUCAACAGGAACGAUAUCAAAGCCCGUCUUAAGGUUUAG